UUCUCGGAAGAGUACAGAAAAGACAUUUAAAAAGAUGACGGAACAUAAGAAAUUUCAUCUAAAAGAACUACAUAUUCUCUCUGUCUCUCUGAAAAUCUAACCCUUUGAUACAAGGCAAGACAGAUUAUUGGCUGAUUUUCUGAGAUAAUGGGACGUUAAGAACAAUACUGCUACCGCAACACAUUGGUUAUUCAUAGGUUUUUAUUUGAAUGGGGUCAGAGGGGCCAUCGGUUAUAACAGUUCAUGUGACUGGGUUUAAGAAAUUUCAUGGCGUUGCUGAGAAUCCAACAGAAACAAUUGUCAGUAAUCUAAAAGAGUUUAUCCGGAAAAAGGGAUUGGCUAGGGGCUUGGUACUUGGGAGUUGCAAUGUUCUUGAGACUGCUGGAAAUGGGGCUCUAGCUCCCCUUCAUCAGAUCUUGGAAUCAGCAGUGACUGCAUCAGAUUCUGAAUCUUCAAAUGUCGGACGGGUUAUUUGGCUCCACUUGGGUGUUAAUAGCGGUGCAACAAGGUUUGCGGUCGAGCAUCAGGCGGUUAAUGAAGCUACUUUCCGCUGUCCCGAUGAACUGGGAUGGAAACCUCAGAAAAUCCCCAUUAUCCCUUCGGAUGGAGGCAUUUCACGGACACGAGAGACUUCUCUGCCCGUCGACGAGAUUACCAAGGCAUUGGCGAAGAUGGGUUAUGAAGUGAUGUCUUCUGAUGACGCUGGUCGGUUUGUAUGCAAUUACGUCUACUACCAUUCUCUCCGGUUCGCAGAGCAACAUGUUAUCAAAUCUCUCUUUGUACAUGUCCCCCUCUUCUCAACAAUACACGAAGAGACUCAAAUGCAGUUUGUCGCUUCCCUGUUGGAGAUACUCGCUACCUUAAAUUAGUACACAUUCUGAGCCUUUUGAGUCCCCAUGUGAAAGUGCUUUUUCCUAGAGGACUGCUAAGUGGGCCGCACGGAUCAAAUGCAAAUAUCCAUUGGAGGUCUCAGCUUAAGCAAUUUUUAAGAAGGUAAUCGUGCAUGGUGGAUACAGGUUCACGCCCACAAUGUCGGUAUCUCUGUGUUUGUGCAUGAACCUCUUGGUCAUGUAUGUAUGUGCAGAUGGGUGUAUAAGCACAUUCAUGCAUGUAUGCAUGUAUUUGUGGAUGGACUGAUGGACUUGUGAUGAAUAAAUUAAUAAAUUAGGUAAGGGGAUUUGAAGGUUUAAGGA